AGGGUGGGUGUCUUCCAAGGGAAGGAGCAGUGUGGGGGAAGGCAGGUGCUGAGGCUUUCCCAGGGAGGGGAGCAGUGUGUGUGUGUGUGUGUGUGUGUGUGUGUGUGUGUUUGUGUGUUGGCAGGGCCUAAGGCUGAAUAUGUCCUCCUCAGGGGAGACAGGUGCUGGGGUAGAUGUGUCCUCCUCAGCAAAGGGAACAAUCUUCUCUCCAGUUUAAUGCCUAUGUAGACAAGGUGACCUCCUGAGGUGCCUCUUGGGGAGCGGUUCUCUUCCUUUUUGGGGGUUGGGGUCACAGAGGUCAGCUCAAGAGUGUAGUGUUACUGUCCCAACCCAUGGGAGACCCCCUGAGCCCCAGGAGCUGGACCUCCUGGGUCUUCCCAUCUCACACACAAAAUUCUGCGUACAGCAGUGCGCCAGUCUGCUAACUGCUGACUGAGCAGAGGAGGCUGUGGGUCUGUGUUUUAGGCAUGUGAAACACAGGGCCGGGGCUGGAUGGUACCCUGAGUGAGGCACAGGGGCCCCUGAUGGACUUUGGGGUUGCGCUAGGCUUGCUUGUUUCUCCCUUGGCGUCUGGAUGUCCCGGGCAGCCCCUCGGAACCAUGGCUCCUCCCGACUGCCCAGCUGGGCCUUCAGAAGGGUUAUUCUCACUCCUUGCUGUUUCCAUAUGUAGGAACAGUCAGGCCUUUGAUCUGGAUUUGAGUUCCUUUUCAAGUUCUGAUUUGCAAGUCGCCUGGUAUUUCACCUUGCCUCGGACCCAGCCGUUUGUAGAAACCCGAGACUCUGUAGUCCUCCUUGUCAUGAGCUGAGGGAAUCUCAGCAUGGGCUCACGGAAGACACUUACUUCCAUAUGGCAGUGGCACUGCCUACCAGGCAGUGAAGGACACCUGGUGCUCUCCGUUCUCGCUAUGUGCAAUGACCUGUUCACCCAACACGGCCACCAUUUGUGCUGGCCAUUGUCACCGUCCCCUGCACCUGGUGAGGGUCAGCUAUGUUCUGGGAUCUCAACCUGUGAAAGGCUGUAGACUUGAGCUCCGGAUUAGAAGGGAACAAACGAAACCAUCAACCCAACAAAGUCCUUACAAACCAACUCCAUCAGCCCCCAGGUAUGAAGCAAGGUGUCAGAUUCUGCCUAUUCAGCCUCAGCAUGAUAGAAGCUACUGGAAAGGAUCCAUGAUUGGAAAAUGACACAAACCUCCAACUUCCAGCCUCUCUGACCCACAGCCACACCAAACUCCUGGGUGGUUUGGAUUCUAAGAAAAACCUCACCUGGUAAUACCACGACUUUUAGGGUUGGAGAAGGUACCUUUGAGCAAACUGCGGAAACUCCCUGGCAUGCUGGCUUCUGAUGGGAGGAUUGUUCGGAUUAAAAUAUCCCAGUGCCUGCCUUAAAGGAAUCUAUUUCCCCAGAGUGUAAACCAGACAGGUGGAUCCUGGAUUCAUGGCCGCCGCAUGCCUUCACGGACGUGGUGGUCGCUGUGACAGUCUAAUUCGUCACUCCUUUUUGUUGAUGUACGACAAGCAGUCUCGCUAUUGGCAUGGGCCUCAAGCCUCAUUCAUUUAACAAGCACUUAAAAAGGUCAGCCUUGAGUGGGGGCAGGGGUGUACAAGACACUGUCCAAGUGUUUAAAAAGGGGUGGGGCACGUGGAACCACGGAGUAGGCGUCAAAGGAGGGAACCAGCCUCAAGCCUCGCGAGAAUUUGCAUGUGACGCGAACAUCACUUCCCCAAGGAUUUCUGGGUAACGGGCCACCGCAAGGGCUUCUGAGACAACGACGGUUAGGGGGCAAGGCGACGUUUCAGCUAGACGCGGAGAGCCAUGCCUUCCGAGGCUAGGCCAGAGAAAGGGAGGACUAGCUCCAAAAGCCGGGUGUUGUGCGAUGCACGCCCAAGGCAGGGGCCUUGUGAGGCAGAGCACAGUGUAGAGAAACCGGCUACCGGGUCACAUGCCGGGGCCAAGAAUCUGAGAGGCAAGGCCGUCAUGGCUGCUGUGCCUCAGCCUGGCUGGCGGGCGUCUCUGCGCGACCUGCGGGUUGAGAUGCGCCACUCUGUGGCCAGGAUGUGGGGCCAGAGGCGCCUUAGGAUGCUCACGCUGUCCCUCUGGGUUCUUCUGCUGCUGUGCUAUUACCUCAGACCCGGAACCUCAAAUUCUGAAUCUGCAAAUGUCCUGCGGAACGAUGACCAUGCUGAUGAACAAUCUCUGGAAGGAGAAUCCAUGUGGGAAUCUCUGUCGCAAUUUUUCUUUCCAACAACAUGCACUGUGAAGGAGAAGCAAGUGGUAAAGCCUUGUAAUGGGAAGAAAGAUCUUGGAGAGAGUGAAUGUUUGAGAUAUAAGUGCUGCUUCUCAUCAUCCAAGACAACUAAGUUAAGAUGCUUUGCCCCAUUAAGAGACAAGCCUACACAGAUGCUGCGGAUGUUUGGGGUUGGUGUGAUCACCAUGAUCACCCUGGGAUUUCUGCCCAUUUAUUGCUGCUCUCUUUGCCGGAGGAGGCAUUGUUCUAGGAAUUGGGGAUACAGAGCAGCUGUGAGUGAUCAAUAUACUGGAGAAUCUGACAGCCUUGCUUGUGACCUGCAUCCAGCACCCAGUUGCUCUCUUGGACUCUGAGGUUAAAGGAGGUUUAUACAACUUUAUGGCCUGGAGCAAGCCGCACUUCUGUGCCUCCGCCUCCCCCGCUCUGGCUGCUUUGCCAUGGAGUCUCCUGCAGGCAUCAGAUGGACAGUGUCUGCAGUGGACUUUACUUCUUUUCACCUUCUGGGCACUGAGCUGCUGCCCUUGUGCCACUUUAGAAACACAUGUAUCUAUCCCCCCAAAUCAGGAAAGGAGACUUUUAAGGUAACAUUUUACUUUUUAAUAUAAGGGAGAGAGAAAAAAAGACUUUUUUUUCAGAAAAAAAAAAGAAAUUAGAAAUAUUGUGGUUGCUAAAAGAAAAAGAGGUGAACAGAAAAAUAUUCUUCUCAGGAACUAUUGGUAGUAUAAAUAGCAUUUUAUGAAUAAGAAUUGUGUCCUUCAAAGUAUUCAUUACAUGCAUUCCAGUGCAUACAGCAUGGAUGAAUGGACAAUUGCAAACACCUCUCAUGGGAGAUUUGAACUUGCAUUCACAUUAUGGCAGGUGCUUCAUAAUGUGGAAGUAGUUACAAAAUGUCAGUUUCCCUUGCUAUAUGAUGUGUAGGAAAUAAAAGUUCUUAAGCAAUGGUGGUAUAAUAGGAAGGACAGUUUUGGGUUUUCCUGUAGUAUCAAUUCAAAAAAGCUAAUGUCCACCUUUAGUCCAUGGUUAUUAAUGAAAGCAGUAAUUACUGUUGAUCUAGUGAGUUUUAUCAGAGUGUAACUCUGCCUUGUAAUCACCUGAAAGCAUGUUAACAAUGUACAUCCCAUUAGAGAAAUGCAAAUCAAAACCAUGAUGAGAUAAACCUCACACUCAUUAAGAUGACUAUUAAUUUUUUCAACUUUAAUAAAUAUAAAUUUCCAAAGUACAACUUUUGGAUUGUAACAGCUUUUUCCCCCAUAACCUCCCUCCCACCCGCAACCAUCCCAUCUCCCACUCCCUCUCCCAUCCCAUUCUUCAUCAAGAUUCAUUUUCAAUUCUCUUUAUAUACAGAAGAUCAACUUAGGGACUGCUGGAGGUCUGGUCAGUUCUGAAGUAAUAGAUGAAAUGCUAUGGUAACACCCAAGUUGGGCAUGGUAGAUCUCCUCUAUAGUCAGCAGGGGGGACAUUAUGAUCAUGUCUGCUGCCAUAAUGCAGCCUCUUGUCAUCUCUUCCAAGGUGAUCAAUGCCUGGGGUUAGCCCACUGUGGCUACAACCCCCACUCACACAAGCACAUUAACCACAUAAAGGAUCUGUGCGGUCCUCAAUGUGAGCAUGGAACCCUCUGCAAUGACCUACCACAGGCAAUCAGGGAGCUCUGAGUCUCUAACGCCAGAAACAGUGAUUGCCCAGAGACCCAGCUAUAUCCCAAGCACUGUCAUACAAUCACAGAAUUCCCACAGUUAUAGCACACACAACUCCCACAUCUAUGGGGAGCAGGGCAUCUGAUCUCAGCUUUUUGUGCCUGCCCCUGUCCACAGAGAAACCUGAGGCAUUCUCAGCCUGGGGGUGCUAGGCUUGGCAGUUUGAGCCCUGGUGACUAUGAUAGGAUGGGUGGAUGGGAACACCUCACAGUCCUAAGUGGGUGCCCUGUCCUCUGCCAAUCCUCCAGGCCAGACUCAAAGUCAGUGGGGAACAUGGAUUUAUCCAUCUGAUAAAUCCCCUAGUCACAUGCAAGAGCUGCCAUAGACUCUACUGGUAUUAAGAUGGAGCAUUCCCCCUGCUGAUUGUUAGUCUUUGUUGUUGGGGGAUGCGUCAAAAGAAAUGUGCUUUUCUUUCAAGUGCAGAUCAUCUUAAUGUCUUCUUUCUCUGAGAUACUCCUUUGUAUGGAGCAAGGUUACUUGAAAUGGUUUCUAUCAUCUUGGUCAAAGAAGCUUAUAGAAGCAGAUUAUCCAGGUAAGUGCAGAGAUCCAGACAACUUUGACUGAAACAACAUUUAUUAAUGAAGUUCAGUGUUGGAAGUGCAGAAGCAAGCAAAAUGAAAAUAGGUUGUCUUGUGCAUAUCAAGAUGAUCCUCCUGAUUCUUGGUUAUUCUUCCUCAGCCACAAGAAAGGAUUGGCACAGAUGUGAUCACAUUUUCUCCUUGGCUCUUCUUGUGACUGACAGCAUCAUUUACCAGAUGUUCAGUGGGCAAGGGGAUGUCAUGUGGUUGUGACAUGUGGCAGAGUGAAGUGAACUGACCUAUGUGGGUUUUGUAUUGAUAGCACUCAUAUAAGGUUUUCAGAAUCUUAUUUAAUAUAAGGUAUAGAAUUAAACAAAGUUUAUGUAAAUCAGUUCAAACCAAUGGACUUCAAAAGAAGAAAAUAUCAUUCAUUGUGAUUUCUAAUCCUCAUUUUUUUGCACAGAUAUCCAAGGAUAGGGGUUCAGAUGAGGUUUUAGUUUAGAAAUGACAACAUCUUCAUAUGGAUGCCAGAAGGACUUUGGUGCAUAUCAAUUGCUAGCAAGAAUAUACUCUUGGCCCUGAGCAGACAACUUGAAAUGUCAAGUGUUUCAGGAGUAAAGGGCUGAAUAUCCACUAAGUCAGAGUCUCCAAAUCUCAAGAUCCUCAAUACGAUUGAUUUUCAUCUCUAGCGCCUCUGCUGAAGAAAAUACUGGCUCUAAAGAGCUCCUUGAAUUUCUUGAAGUAUAAAAGUCCUCUCCAGGUUGAAUGUUCUUUUACAUUUCUGUGCUUCAAAUCUAUGGAUGUAUAGGAAUCAAAGUUAAACAUGCUGUCACACACACAGUUCAAAUUCCACAUUUUGCUGCAGACAUGGAAUGGGCCAUCUGAUCAUGUUGCCUUGUAGUUACCUAUGUCACUAGUCACACUCUUAGCGUUAGUACUAACAAAAAUGUCAGAGCCAUUUUGAAGUUCUCUAUGGAUUCAGCCUAUAUCUCUCCCUCACCCCCUUCCUUGUUUAUCCACCACCUGAUUUGCACUGGUGUAAGCUCUAGUAGAUACACUUAUACUUCCAUUUCCAUAAAGGAUUUUCCUCCUUUCCUUCUUUCCAUUGUCUGAAUCUAGUUUGAUUUUUACAGUAAGGCUCCAACCUGCUUUUGUUUGCAGAAUGAAUGACCUUGGAAUCUUUUGUUUGGGGAGCAUAUCACUCUUGCCUUCUAGCUAGUAAUCAUUGUCAUAUGAUGUAAACUGCAUAGGUUACAAAUAGAAUUAGGAAAGGUGACAUGUACCUUUUGAUUGAACAUUUUCACAUUAUGGAAUCAUUGGAAAAGAAUUAUGAGCCCUCACAUGGUAUAUGUAUGUAUAUAUGUAUAUAAUGCAUAUAAUAUGCACAUAUAUGUAUAUAAAAUAUAUAAAUAUGUGUAUGUAUACAUCUAUAAACAUAAUUUGUAAUAGGAUUCAGAUAGGGUACCACUCCUUCCUCUCCCAUUUUGGGGCUGAGUUUCUUCACACUGCAGUAUUCGUUUUGAUAACCAUGCAGAGACAGAUGGCAUUUUGUCUGCCUUCCAGAACAGAGGAAUAGUUUGCCGAGCGAUAGCUAGUAUAAUGAGAAGCCGUGUAAGUUGAAGAUGAGGUAAAACCGGAGCAUCUGUCAGUCCUUGUGUGCCAGAUUGGAGAUGCUGCAGACAAACUAAUAUUUCAACAAAAAGUUGAAGUGAGUAUAGAUUUGUGACCAAAAUGAUUGCGUUUGAUAACAAUGCCAUAGCAGAUGUCCUAGAGUUCACGCUUGGUUUUUAUUACUGCUCUGUGAGUGGUUUUGGAAGCAAGACCUACCGGCACAGCUUGUAUGGAACAUGUUCGUUAUAAAAUUUUAUUUUACAGAAAACAAUGAGAUGGAAAAU